UUUACAUAAUAAGGAAAAAAAAAGAAUAAAGGUAACAAACAUAUAAGGAAAAUUCGGUCAAUUUUUGUUACCCAAAAUCUGAGCACAGUGCCAUAGUCGACGGUGCUCUUACUGUCCCGGACCUCAAUUCCAUGGUUUUCCCUAUCCUCAACACUCAAGAGAGAGGUUUCUUUUUCUUUUUCUUUCACUUUCUCGUUUUAUUGUAAUUAACUCCAUUUCCAUGGUCUUCUUCUUCGAACCCUAACCGACUGCAAAGGAGGGAACGCCGGUGAAAAACAAGAGCCGAUGGAGUCAUCGUCUCCGGCGGAGUCGAUGAUCCUUCUAGAAGAUUUUGGUCAAAAGGUUGACCUUACUCGGCGAAUCCGAGAGGUUCUGGUGAACUAUCCAGAGGGGACGACGGUGCUCAAGGAGCUUAUUCAGAACGCCGAUGAUGCCGGAGCCACCAAAGUUUGCCUUUGCCUGGAUCGUAGAGACCAUGGCUCAGACUCAUUGCUUUCCCAGACUUUGUCUCAGUGGCAGGGUCCUUCGCUUUUGGCUUACAACGAUGCCGUCUUUACCGAGGACGAUUUCGUUAGUAUUUCGAGGAUCGGUGGGAGUACUAAACACAGCCAGGCUUGGAAGACUGGCCGAUUUGGGGUUGGCUUCAACUCAGUGUACCAUUUAACAGAUUUGCCGUCUUUUGUGAGUGGAAACUAUGUUGUAUUAUUCGAUCCUCAGGGAAUAUAUCUUCCUAACGUGUCUGCAUCCAAUCCUGGCAAACGAAUUGAUUUUGUUAGUUCUUCAGCCAUCUCGGUGUACAGAGAUCAAUUUUUUCCAUAUUGUGCUUUUGGAUGUGACAUGACAAGUCCUUUUGCGGGAACACUAUUCCGUUUCCCGCUGAGGAAUGCAGAUCAGGCUGCUGGAAGUAAGCUAUCAAGGCAGGCAUAUCUGGAGGAUGACAUUUCUUCCAUGUUUCUUCAGCUUUAUGAGGAGGGAGUAUUCACAUUACUUUUUCUAAAGAGUGUAUUAUGUGUUGAAAUGUAUGUAUGGGAUGCUAAGGAGCCUCAACCUAGAAAGCUUUACUCAUGUUGUGUUACUCCAGCGAAUCAUGAUAUUAUUUGGCAUCGACAAACAGUACUGAGGUUGUCAAAGUCGAUCAAUUCUACAGAUACUGAAAUGGACUGCUAUUCAUUGAACUUCUCGAGGGAGGCAGUAACUGGGAACCUUACUGAGAAGAAGGUGGAUUCUUUUUAUAUUGUACAAACAAUGGCAUCAACAUCCAGUAGGAUUGGUUCUUUUGCUGCCACUGCUUCUAAAGAAUAUGAUAUUCACUUGCUGCCAUGGGCAUCAGUUGCAGCAUGCACGUCUGAUAUUUCAUUGCAGGAUGAUGAUGGUCUUAGGAUUGGUCGGGCUUUCUGUUUUCUUCCUUUGCCUGUAAGAACUGGUUUGUCUGUGCAAGUUAAUGGAUACUUUGAGGUUGCAUCAAACCGUCGUGGCAUCUGGUAUGGAGAAGACAUGGACAGAGGUGGAAAAAUUCGUUCAGUUUGGAACAGGCUCCUUUUAGAAGAUGUUGUAGCUCCAAGUUUUAGACAACUACUGCUUGGUGUACAAGGAUUGCUGGAUUCCAAAAAAAUGUACUACUCUUUGUGGCCUACUGGUUCUUUUGAAGAGCCAUGGAACAUUUUGGUUGAGCAGGUGUAUGCAAAUAUUUCUGAUGCUCCUGUACUGUAUUCAGAUCUUGGGGGUGGGAAAUGGGUUUCACCAAUUGAUGCUUUUCUGCACGAUGAAGAAUUUUCUAAAAGUAAGGAACUCGGUGAUGCUCUAAUGCAUCUAGGAAUGCCCAUUGUGCGUUUGCCGUCCUUUUUAUUUAACAUGCUUUUGAAAUGUGCCUCUACAUUUCAGCAGAAGGUUGUCACUCCUGAUACAGCGCGUCAUUUUCUUAGAGAAUGCAAAUCUCUGUCAACUUUGAGUAAAUCUUACAAGCUUGUGUUGCUGGGAUAUUGUCUCGAAGACUUGGUUGACAUAGAUGUUGGUACACAUGCCUCUAACUUGCCUCUGCUUCCAUUGGCAAAUGGUGAUUUUGGAUUAUUCUUCGAAGCCUCAAAAGGACUUUCCUAUUUUAUAUGUAAUGAGUUAGAGUAUAUGUUGCUUCAACCAAUACACGAUAGAGUUAUUGACCGGAAUAUUCCUUCUAACUUAAUGAGUAGACUUGCUGCUAUUGCAAAGUCAUUGAAGGCAAACCUUUGUAUUUUCAAUGUCCAUUACCUGCUUCAGUUUUUCCCAAGGUUCGUACCUGCUGAAUGGAAGUAUGAGAACAAAGUUUCUUGGGAUCCAGAUACUUGUGAACAUCCGACCUCUGCAUGGGUAAUGCUAUUUUGGCAGUAUCUGAAAAACCAUUGUGAAGAGUUAUCAUUGUUCAGCGAUUGGCCCAUCUUGCCAUCCAUAUCUGGGCAUCUUUAUAGAACCUCUAAACAAUCAAAAAUGAUUAAUGCAGAAAAGCUUUUGAAGAAGAUACGAGACAUACUCAUUAAAAUUGGAUGCAAGAUACUAAAUCCUGAUUAUGGAAUUGAUCACUCAAACUUAUCUGAUUAUGUAAAUGAUAGUAAUGGUGUAUGUAUUUUGGAAUCCAUUUAUGAUGUUGUGACCUCAGGUGGUGGUGUAAUACCCACAUUUUUUAACAAUUUGAAUGCAGAAGAGAGGGAUGAACUUCGAGGAUUUCUUCUUGAUUCAAAGUGGUAUUAUAGCGAUUCGAUGAAUGGGUCUGACAUAAGAAAUUGCAAAAGGCUGCCUAUUUUUAAAGUUCAUGCUGUGGGGUCUACUCCAGAGUUUAACUUUUCUGAUCUUGAAAGUUCACAAAAGUACUUACCUCCAGCAGAUAUUCCUGAGUGCUUUUUGGGAGAUGACUUCAUUAUCAGCACUUCAAAUAGUGAGGAAGAGAUUUUGUUAAGAUAUUUUGGCAUUGGGAGAAUGGGGAAGGCACAUUUCUACAAGAAAUAUGUGUUAAAUAGAAUUUCGGAGUUGGAAUCUGAAGUUCGUGACCAAGUUAUUCUUUCUAUAUUGCAAAAUUUACCACAAUUGUGCAUCGAGGACGUAUCUUUCAGGGAUUGUUUGAGAAGCUUGGAAUUUGUUCCAACCCAUAGUGGCGCUGUUAAGCGUCCAAAUAUGUUGUAUGAUCCACGUAUCGAAGAAUUAUUUGCAUUACUAGAAGACUCUGAUAGUUUCCCUUAUGGUAUUUUCCAAGAAUCUCACAUUUUGGACAUGCUACAAGGUUUAGGCCUUAGAACAUCAGUUUCCCACGAGACAAUUAUACAUAGUGCUCGACAAGUAGAACAAUUAAUGCACAAGGAUCAGCAACGAGCAUAUUCAAGAGGCAAGGUUCUUUUGUCCUACUUAGAAGUGAAUGCAAUAAAGUGGAUACCUGAUACAAUGGAUGGUGAACAAGGUAAAGUGAAUAAAAUGUUCUCCCGAGCUGCUUAUAUAUUCAGACCUUCCAACUUAAAAUCCAACCUAGAAAAGUUCUGGAAUGAUCUAAGGUUGAUAAGUUGGUGUCCUGUAUUAGUUCAUGCUCCAUUUCAAGCUUUACCAUGGCCUAUAGUUUCAUCCAUGGUUGCUCCUCCAAAGCUUGUGAGGCUGCAAACGGACUUGUGGCUUGUUUCAGCAAGUAUGCGGAUACUUGAUGGAGAGUGUUCGUCCACUGCAUUAUCAUAUUGCUUGGGAUGGUCAAUUCCACCAGGUGGAAGCGUAAUUGCUGCUCAACUACUUGAGCUUGGAAAAAAUAAUGAGAUUGUGAAUGAUCAGGUACUGCGGCAGGAAUUAGCUUUGGCAAUGCCAAGGAUUUAUGCAAUACUAACAAGCUUGAUUGGCUCAGAUGAGAUGGACAUUGUUAAGGCAGUACUUGAAGGUUGUCGAUGGAUUUGGGUUGGUGAUGGAUUUGCAACUGCUGAUGAGGUUGUCCUGGAUGGUCCUCUUCACUUGGCUCCUUAUAUUCGUGUUAUACCAAUUGAUUUAGCAGUUUUCAAGGAGUUAUUUUCUGAACUUGGCAUCCGACAAUUCUUGAAGUCCACUGAUUUUGGUGAUAUUUUAUGUAGAAUGGCUGUGAAGAAAGAUUCAUCUCCUCUUGAUGCACACGAACUUAGGGCAGCCAUAUUAAUUGUACAGCAUCUUGCUGAAGUUCCGUUGCAUGAACAAAAAGUAAAGAUUUAUUUACCUGAUGUAUCGUGCAGACUAUUUCCUGCUGGUGACUUGGUUUAUAAUGAUGCACCGUGGUUGCUUGGCUCAGAGGAUCCUGAUAAUCUUUUUAAUGUUACAUCUACAGUGGCCUUGAAUGCACAGAAAACAGUUCAGAAAUUUGUGCACGGGAACAUAUCUAAUGAUGUUGCAGAAAAACUUGGUGUCUGCUCGCUUCGCAGGAUUUUAUUAGCUGAAAGUGCUGAUUCAGUAAAUUUGAGUUUAUCUGGGGCUGCUGAAGCUUUUGGUCAGCAUGAGGCCCUUACAACUAGACUUAAACACAUUCUUGAAAUGUAUGCAGAUGGCCCUGGGAUUCUGUAUGAGCUUGUGCAAAAUGCGGAGGAUGCAGGUGCUUCUGAAGUGAGCUUUCUUUUGGAUAAAACUCAAUAUGGGACUUCUUCUAUUCUUUCUCCUGAAAUGGCAGAUUGGCAAGGUCCUGCAUUGUACUGUUUCAAUAAUUCUGUAUUCACUCCCCAAGACCUUUAUGCAAUCUCGCGUAUUGGCCAAGAAAGUAAACUAGAGAAGCCUUUUGCAAUUGGAAGAUUUGGUCUAGGUUUUAACUGUGUGUAUCAUUUUACAGACAUUCCCACGUUUGUUUCUGGUGAAAACAUUGUAAUGUUUGAUCCUCACGCUUGUCAUUUGCCUGGAAUAUCUCCAUCUCAUCCUGGUCUACGUAUUAAAUUUGCGGGAAGAAAGAUUUUGGAACAAUUUCCUGACCAAUUUUCUCCAUUCUUACACUUUGGCUGUGACUUGCAGCAUCCAUUUCCCGGAACCCUCUUUCGGUUUCCCCUCAGGAGUGCAAACGUUGCUGCUAGAAGCCAAAUAAAGAAAGAAGGAUAUGCACCUGAAGAUGUUGUUUCAUUGUUUGCUUCUUUCUCUCAAGUUGUUUCUGAUGCCUUACUUUUUCUGGGAAAUGUGAAAACUGUAUCUGUUUUUGUCAAGGAAGGAAGUGGACAAGAAAUGCAGCUUUUACAUCGUGUGCAGAAACAUUGCAUUAGAGAGUCUCAAAUGGAUUCCAAUUCGCCACAGGGUAUGUUUAGCUUUCUUGACGGGAGUCACCGCAGUGGAAUGGAUAAAAAUCAGUUCUUUCAAAAAUUAAACAAAGUAACAGAAAAGGACUUGCCAUAUAGAUGUCAAAAGAUUGUAAUAAAAGAGGAAAGUUCAUCUGGUAAUUUAUCACACUGUUGGGUAACCUCUGAAUGCCUAGGUAGAGGGCCAGCAAAGAAUAUGUCUGCACAGUCGAAUGACAAAUCAAAUGCUUUUAUCCCUUGGGCAUCGGUUGCUGCAUAUUUACAUUCUGUCAAUGUUGAUGGUGAACAUAUGAGUACUACAGAUUUGUUUCAAGUUCCGACGGAUUCCAUUCAAGAUAGGAAAGAUUUUCAAGGCCGUGCUUUUUGCUUUCUGCCGCUGCCAAUGAAUACUGGUCUUCCAGCUCACGUUAAUGCAUAUUUUGAAUUGUCGUCAAAUAGAAGAGACAUUUGGUUUGGUAAUGACAUGGCUGGGGGUGGCAAAAAGCGCUCAGAUUGGAAUCUCUACUUGCUUGAACAUGUUGUAGCCCCAGCUUAUGGGCGCAUGCUAGAGAAAAUUGCAUUGGAUAUUGGUCCAUCUGAUUUUUUCUUUUCAUUUUGGCCUAAAACAAUAGGAUUACAACCUUGGGCAUCAGUUGUCUGGAAGCUCUAUAUAUUCAUUGCAGAUUUCAGUUUACGAGUAUUGUACACAAAAGCUAGAGGGGGCCAAUGGAUUUCAACCAAACAUGCUAUAUUUCCUGAUUUUAUGUUUAACAAAGCACAACAGCUCACUGAAGUACUAUCAGACACUGGUUUACCUCUUGUUACUGUUUUAAAGCCAAUUGUUGAAAUAUUUAUGGAGGUGUGCCCGUCAUUGCAUUUCCUAACACCUCAAUUAUUACGAACUUUGUUGAUUCGAAAGCGACGUGAAUUCAAGGACAGAAAUGCUAUGAUCUUGACCCUUGAAUAUUGCUUACUUGACUUAAAAGUGCCAAUUGAACCUACUUGUUUGUAUGGUUUGCCUUUGCUUCCCCUCGCUGAUGGUUCAUUUACAAUAUUUGACAUGAAGGGGGCUGGUGAAAGAAUAUACAUUGCACAGGGAGAAGAGUAUGGGCUCCUCAAGGUUUCGAUUCCAAAUCAACUUGUGGACAAUGAGAUCCCAGAAGAAGUUUAUGGGAAAGUAUGCGACAUAGCUCUAAGAGAGGAUUCAAAUAUUUCUUUUUUAUCAUACCAUUUACUCGAGAAACUCCUUUUCAAAUUACUACCGGCAGAGUGGCAACAUGCAAAACAGGUGACUUGGGUUCCUGGUGCUCAAGGUCAACCAAGUUUGGAAUGGUUAAGACUUCUAUGGGACUAUCUCAAUUCUUCACAUGCCGAUCUGUCACUUUUUUCCAAGUGGCCCUUGUUACCUGUUGGGAACAAUUGUCUCUUGCAGCUAGUUGAAAAUUCACAUGUGAUUAGAGAUGAUGCAUGGAGUGAGAACAUGGCUUCUUUAUUGCUGAAGAUAGGAUGUCUUUUCUUAAGGUCUGACCUCCCAGUAGACCAUCCACAAUUGGAAAAUUUUGUUCAGCCACCUACAGUGACGGGUAUAUUAAAUGCACUUUUUGCUGUUGCUGGUAAAUUAGAGAACAUUGAGGAGCUUUUCCAAGAUGCAUCUGAAGCUGAGCUCCAUGAACUUCGAAGUUUCAUUCUCCAGUCCAAGUGGUUUUUGGAAGGGCAAGUGGGAAAACUACAUGUCGACAUCAUCAAACACCUACCAAUAUUUGAAUCGUAUAGAAGUAGAAAACUUGUAAGUUUGAGCAAUCCUAUCAAGUGGCUAAAACCUUAUGGUGUUCGAGAGGAUCUCUUAGAUGAUGAUUUUGUUCGCACAGACUCAGAGAAAGAAAAUAUUAUUUUGAGAAAGUAUUUAGAUAUAGGAGAACCUACCAAGGUAGAAUUUUACAAGAAUCAUGUCCUGAAUUGCAUGUCAAAAUUCUUCUCGCAAAGUGAAGUCCUUUCAGUUAUUUUGCAUGAGUUGAAGCUUCUAGUGGAAGAGGAUAUUUCUGUUAAAUCUUCAUUUUCUACAGUAGCUUUUGUUUUGGCAGCUGAUGGGUCUUGGCAGCAGCCGUCCAGGCUGUAUGAUCCACGAAGACCUGAGCUGCAAAUGGUACUACACAAUAAAGUCUUUUUCCCCUCUGAAAUUUUUUCGGAUACUGUUACUUUGGAUACUUUAGUUAUCUUUGGUCUUAGAAGAACUCUUGGCUUUACUGGUUUGCUUGACUGUGCCAGAUCAGUUUCUCUGUUCCAGGAUUCUAGACAAUCUGAGACAUCAAAUUAUGGGAGGAAUUUACUUGUUUGUAUGGAUGCCCUAUCACUUAAGCUGUCAAAUCAGAUAGAAGGAAAUUUUAAUGAAUCACAUGAUACCAGCAUAAAUAAUAAUUUUAGUGCUGAAGGUGAUGAUAUUGCACAGGUUUCAUCUCCUAACAGAGAGAAGAACUGUCUGAUAGAUGAUCUAAACAUUGGCUCGUUAAUUGGCGAAACUGAUGAUAAACCAGAAGAAGAAUUUUGGUCUGAAAUAAGAGAAAUUGCUUGGUGUCCAGUUUGUGCUGAUCCACCUAUAGAAGGACUCCCAUGGUUGAAAUCUACUUGUCAAGUAGCACCACCAAGCCUAGUGAGACCUAAGUCACAGAUGUGGAUGGUGUCCCAUUCAAUGCAUAUAUUAGACGGUGAAUGCCACUCACUGUACUUACAACUUAAGCUUGGUUGGACAGAUCAGAUCAACAUAGAUCUUUUAUUUACUCAGUUGAUUGGGCUCUCUACAUUCUAUGGCCAACUCAAGCUAACCUCGGUUCCACGAGUUGUUGUUGAUGCUGAGUUACAAAAGGGAAUUCCAUCUUUGUAUUUGAAGAUGCAGGAAUAUGUUGGUACCAAUGAGUUCAAUGAGCGUAAAUCAGCACUUGAUGGUAUUUCUUGGGUUUGGAUUGGGGAUGAUUUUGUAAGCUCAGAUGCCCUCGCAUUUGAUUCCCCUGUGAAAUUCUCUCCAUAUUUGUAUGUUGUUCCUUCUGAACUAUCAGAUUUUAGAAACCUACUCUUGGAAUUAGGUGUUGGGCUGAGUUUUGAUGUUUCAGACUACUUGCGUGUAUUGCAACGGUUACAAAGUGAUGUGAAAGGAUUUCCAUUGUCAACAGAUCAGUUAAGUUUUGUCCACUGCAUCCUUGAUGCUGUAGCAGAUUGUUGUUUAGAUAAGAAAUUGUCUGAGAUUUCUAGCACUCCACUCCUAAUUCCAGAUUUUUCUGGAGCUUUAAUUCAUAUAACAAAUCUUGUGUAUAAUGAUGCUCCGUGGAUGGACAACAAUACUCCAGUUGGAAAGCGCUUUGUUCAUCCAAGUGUUAGUAAUGAUUUGGCGAAUAGGUUGGGGGUACAAUCACUCCGAUGCAUCUCUUUAGUGGAUGAAGAAAUGACUAAAGACCUUCCUUGCAUGGACUAUGCUAGAAUUAAUGAGUUGUUGGCUUUGUAUGGGGACAGUGAUCUUUUAUUUUUUGAUCUGCUUGAGUUGGCAGAUAGUUGCAAAGCCAAGAAGCUACACCUAAUCUUUGACAAGAGGGAACAUCCUCGUCAGUCUUUACUACAACACAAUUUAGGUGAUUUUCAAGGGCCUGCUCUAGUGGCUGUUUUGGAAGGGACCAUUUUGAGCAGAGAGGAAGUUAGUAGUCUCCAGUUUCUACCUCCAUGGAGAUUACGAGGGAAUACUCUUAACUAUGGUUUGGGUUUACUUAGCUGCUAUUUUGUCAGUGAUCUUCUGUCAAUGGUUUCUGGUGGCUAUUUUUACAUAUUUGAUCCUUGUGGUUCAGCAUUUUCUGUUCCUCCAUCUCGUUCUCCGGCUGCCAAAGUGUUUUCUUUGACAGGUACAAACUUGGUUGACCGGUUCCAUGAUCAAUUCAGUCCUAUGCUUCUUGGUCAAAAUACACUAUGGUCAUCAUCAGAUUCAACGAUUAUUCGAAUGCCAUUAUCAUCAGAUUGUCUAAAAGAUGGAAUUGAGCUUGGGCUAAGAAGAAUAAAGCAGAUAAAUGACAGAUUUUUGGAGCAAGGGUCUAGAACACUUCUAUUCUUGAAGUCAGUUAUGCAGGUUUCACUCUUGACAUGGGAGGAAGAAGGUCACAAGCCAUGUGAAGAUUUUUCAAUUUGCAUUGAUCCUUCAUCUGCUAUCAUGAGAAAUCCUUUUUCUGAAAAAAAGUGGAGGAAGUUCCAAAUUUCUAGGUUAUUUAGUAGCUCAAAUGCUGCAAUAAAAUUGAAUGUAAUAGAUGUGACCACUAAACAAGGAGAAACCAGUUUUAUGGAUCAAUGGCUUGUUGUGCUCACCCUGGGGUCUGGGCAAACUAGAAACAUGGCUCUUGAUAGGCGGUAUCUGGCAUACAACUUGGCACCUAUUGGCGGAGUGGCAGCACAUAUAUCCCGGAAUGGCAACCCUGUUGAUUUUUGUGUAAUGAGUUCUCUGAUGUCCCCUCUUUCUCUUUCUGGUGGCAUAAAGUUGCCUGUCACCAUACUGGGAUGUUUCUUGCUUUGUCAUAAUGGCGGUCGUCAUCUCUUCAAAUACCAAGACCGAGAAGCCUCCACAGAAGCAUGGACUGAUGCUGGUAACCAAUUAAUCGAAGCUUGGAACACAGAGUUGAUGUCUUGUGUUCGCGAUUCAUAUAUUGAGUUAAUAUUAGAGAUCCAGAGGUUAAGACGAGAGCAUUCAAGUUCUGCAUUUGAGUCAACAGGACGAACACUCAGCCUAUUGUUGAAAGCUUAUGGGGAUCAGAUUUAUAACUUUUGGCCAAGGAGUUACAGCCAUGAUUUGAUCAGUCAACCUGGCGAUGGUAAUAAUUUAAUUCCAGCACAAGUUCUUAAGGCAGAUUGGGAUUGCAUAAUUGAGCAGGUAAUAAAGCCUUUCUAUGCUCGUGCUGUUGACCUUCCUCUAUGGAAACUAUACUCAGGAAAUCUAGUCAAGGCUGAAGAAGGUAUGUUUCUUUCACAACCGGGUAAUGGUGUAGGAGGUAAUCUUCUUCCAGCAACUGUCUGUGGCUUUGUAAAGGAGCAUUACCCGGUAUUUUCGGUACCAUGGGAGUUGGUGACAGAAAUCCAAGCUGUGGGGACGCCUAUACGAGAAGUAAAACCUAAAAUGGUUCGAGAUCUUCUAAGAGUUUCUAAAACAUCUAUUGUUCUACGAUCAGUUGAUACAUAUCUAGAUGUUCUUGAGUACUGUUUAUCUGAUAUUCAAAUUGGGGAAUCAUCCAUUUCAAUUGGACAUUCUUCAUUUUACAGUGAGGAUCAUGUUGUUGGGAGUACUUCUGCUUCUGUUACGGGCACCAAUAAUCGUAAUCUUCCUGCACUGUCCACCCAUAAUGCAAACAGUUCAGGAGAUGCCAUUGAAAUGGUGACAAGUUUGGGGAAGGCAUUAUUUGAUUUUGGCCGGGGAGUUGUGGAGGAUAUUGGUAGGACUGGAGGGCCCUUAACUCACAGGAGAACUGAUGCUGGCAAUAGUUGCAACAGUUUCGGAGGGGAUCAGAACCUUAUCUUAGUUGCAAAUGAACUCAAAGGUGUACCUUGUCCAACUGCAACAAACCAUUUAACAAAGUUGGGGAUUGCUGAACUUUGGGUAGGGAAUCAAGAGCAACAACUACUGAUGAAACCUUUAGGUGCGAAGUUUAUGCACCCUAAAGUGCUGGACAGAUCAACCUUGGCUGACAUUUUCUCAAAUGGCUUGAUGCAAACAUUACUGAAACUGCAAAACUUCUCUCUUCAGUUACUUGCUAGUCAUAUGAGACUAGUUUUUCAUGAAAAGUGGGUGAGUCAUGUGAUGGGCCCAAAUAUUGCUCCUUGGUUUUCAUGGGAGAAUUCAUCAGGUUCAGGAGGUGAAGAAGGUCCGUCAUCUGAAUGGAUAAGGCUCUUCUGGAAAAACUUUACUGGCUCUUUGGAUGACCUCCAACUUUUUUCAGACUGGCCAAUAAUUCCUGCUUUCCUUGGUAGACCAAUCCUCUGCCGUGUUAGGGAGCGUAACUUGGUAUUUGUUCCACCUGCUCUUACUGAUUUUGGCUCUGGAGAAGGUGCCUUGGACACAAAUGCUACAGAAAGUAGUGUUGCUUCUGACUCUGAAUCAGUUCAAUCUUAUAUUUCAGCUUUUGAAGUGGCCAAAACCAGAUACCCUUGGUUGUUACCAUUUUUGAAUCAAUGCAACAUCCCAAUUUUUGAUGUUGCGUUCAUGGACUGUGCUGCUCCAUGCAAUUGCUUACCAACUUCCAGCCAAUCAUUGGGUCAAGUUAUUGCUUCAAAGCUGGUUGCAGCUAAAGAUGCUGGUUAUUUUCCUGAAUUAUCGUCCUUUGCAGCCUCAAGUAGAGAUGAACUUCUUGCACUUUUUGCUAAUGAUUACUGGUCUAAUGGUUCUAAUUACAGAAGGGAGGAACUUGAGGUUUUGCGUUCUCUUUCUAUAUAUAAAACAGUUGUAGGGUCAUACACAAGAUUGCAAGGAAAUGCUCACUGUAUUAUCUCUUCAAACUCUUUUCUCAAACCACAUGAUGAGCAAUGCCUUUCUUAUUCCACAGACUCCAUGGAAUUUUCUUUACUUCAAGCACUUGGAGUUUCUGAAUUGCAUGAUCAACAGAUUUUACUUCGAUUUGGGUUGCCUGGGUUUGAAAACAAACCUGAGUCUGAACAGGAAGACAUACUAAUAUAUUUAUUUACAAAUUGGCAUGAUAUUCAACUAGAUUCUUCUUUAGUUGAAGCUUUAAAGGAAACUAAAUUUGUCAGGAAUGCUGAUGAAUUUUGCAUGGAUCUAUCUAAGCCUAAAGAAUUGUUUGAUCUUGGUGAUUCUUUAUUAACAUCUGUUUUCUCUGGUGAGAGAAAAAAAUUUCCUGGUGAAAGGUUUGGUACAGAUGGUUGGCUCCAUAUUUUAAGAAAAGUUGGGCUUCGAACUACUACAGAAGCAGAUGUUAUACUGGAAUGUGCGAAAAGAAUGGAGUUCCUUGGAAGUGAAUGCAUGAAAUCUGAUGAUUUAGAUGAUUUUGACAACUCAACUGGCUCACAGGCUGAAGUUUCAAUGGAAAUAUGGACAUUAGCUAGUUCAGUUAUCGAAACAAUUUUAUCAAAUUUUGCUGUCCUAUAUGGCAAUAAUUUCUGUACUCACCUUGGCAAGAUUGCAUGCGUACCUGCUGAAUUUGGCUUUCCAGAUGUUGGUGGCAGGAAGGGUGGCAAGAGAGUGCUCACUUCGUAUAGUGAAGCUAUUCUGUCAAAGGAUUGGCCCCUGGCUUGGAGUUGUGCUCCUAUUAUUUCGAGGAAAACUUUGGUACCUCCUCAGUACUCUUGGGGUUCACUCCCGCUGAGAAGCCCUCCUGCUUUUUCAACCGUCUUAAAACAUUUGCAGGUUAUCGGAAAGAAUGGCGGUGAAGACACACUUGCUCAUUGGCCAACUACAUCAGGCAUGAUGACCAUUGAUGAAGCUUCUUGUGAAGUUCUGAAGUAUCUGGAUCAGAUUUGGGGUUCUCUCUCUACUUCAGAUAUAAAAGAAUUGGAGAAAGUGCCUUUUAUCCCUGCUGCAAAUGGGACACGCUUGGUUAUAGCAAAUCUACUAUUUGCACGCCUGUCAAUUAACUUGUCUCCAUUUGCUUUUGAACUUCCUACCCCGUAUCUUCCUUUCGUGAAGGUUCUUAAAGAUUUGCGACUACAAGACACAUUAUCAGUUGCAUCUUCCAAGGAUCUUCUUUUGAAUCUUCAGAGUGCUUGUGGGUAUCAGAGGUUAAACCCAAAUGAACUUCGUGCAGUGUUUGAAAUUUUAUAUUUUAUCUGUGAUGGGGCUGAUGGGUCCCAAUGGACGUCAGAAGCAAUAGUUCCAGAUGAUGGCUGCAGACUAGUUCAUGCAAAAUCUUGUGUAUAUAUUGACUCCUAUGGCUCCCGCUUUGUCAAAAGCAUUGAGACUUCAAGAAUCAGAUUUAUUCACCCUGAUCUGCCAGAGAGAUUAUGUAUAGUUCUGGGGAUUAAAAAGUUGUCUGAUGUAGUAACAGAGGAAUUAGUUCACGAGGAGCAUUUACAAACACUUGAAUGUAUUGGCUCAGUUACACUCUUAGCCAUCAGAGAAAAACUGUUAAACAGAUCAUUUCAGGGUGCUGUUUGGACUGUUGUAAACAGCAUGGCCAGUUACAUUCCUGCACUAAAUAAUGUAGUUUUGGAGACCAUACAAAAUUCAUUAGAAUCUGUUGCAGGAAAAUUGCAGUUUGUUAAGUGCCUUCAUACUCGUUUCUUGUUGCUUCCAAAUUCUAUAGAAAUUACUCGUGCAGCUAAUGCAUCUAUUAUCCCAGAGUGUGCUGCUGGAUCCCAUAAUCAAAGACUUUAUUUUGUUGACCGAUCUAAAACCCGUAUUGUAGUUGCUGAACCACCAGAAUUUCUUUCAAUUUUUGAUGUUAUUGCAAACGUUGUUAGCCAGGUUUUAGGUUCCCCUAUUCCAUUGCCCAUCGGAGCUUUAUUUGUCUGUCCUGGAGGCUCUGAAACUGCAAUUGUUGAUAUUUUGAAACUCCGUUCUGACAAAAAUGAAAUGGAAGCUUCAGGUGGAAGAAAUAGUUUGAUAGGGAAAGAUAUACUGCCCCAAGAUACUCUUCAAGUACAAUUUCAUCCACUAAGACCAUUUUAUGCUGGAGAAAUAGUGGCAUGGCGGUCUCAAAAUGGAGAAAAGCUCAAAUAUGGUAGGGUCCCUGAGGAUGUUAGACCAUCAGCAGGACAAGCACUACACAGAUUCAAGGUGGAAACCUCACCUGGUGAAAUGCAGCCACUUCUCUCUUCACAAGUUUUGUCGUUCAGAAGCACAUCGAUGGGCAGUGAGACCACAGUAAUGUUGCCGGAUGACAGUCACACAGCUCAUGGCAUAGGUCAUAUUGAUGCUCCAGAAACCUCUGGAAGAGUCAAAGCAAGAUCAUCCCAGCUUCAACAUGGUAAUGGACUCCAGUAUGGUCGAGUGUCGGCUGCCGAACUGGUGCAGGCAGUAGAUGAGAUGCUUUCUGCAGUCGGGAUCCAUAUGGAUGCUGAGAAGCAGUUGCUACUACAAAAAACAAUAACACUUCAAGAACAGCUAAAGGAUUCAGAGACAGCACUUUUACUUGAGCAGGAAAAGGCUGAUGUAGCAGCAAAGGAAGCUGAUACGGCAAAGGCAGCAUGGGUUUGUCGAGUGUGCUUGACGGCUGAAGUUGAUAUGACAAUGGUGCCUUGUGGGCAUGUGCUUUGUAGGAGAUGCUCUUCAGCUGUUUCUAGGUGUCCAUUCUGUCGGCUGCAGGUCUCAAGAACUAUGAGGAUUUAUAGGCCAUGAAAUUGAAAAUACAUUCUCUUUCGGUUUUUUGAUCAAAAGUGGCAAAAGAGGUUUAUUCAACAUGUACAUUCUACCACUCUGAUGAGAUGAUACGAGGAUAAUCAUAUCAUCAUGCAACCCAAAUUGCCUUCCCUCAGAAACUCUUGAUUGAAUUGUACAUUAAUUGAAUCUGCUACAAUUUUAUUUGUUGUGUACAGAUAUAGAUAUAGCCGUUGAAAAUAGAUAGUGUGUAAAUAUUCAUUGCUUUUUAUAUAAAGUAAUUCCUUGGUUGCU